UAUAGUGAUCGAUUACAGUUACAAUAUUAAAAGUUUUUCGUCUUGUUCGACUAUUAAAUAUUUUUGCCUAAUAUAAGUUUGUCUAUCUGACUGAAGUGAUCACAUUUUCUUUAUACCUGAUACAAAGAAAAAAAUAUUUUUCAAUAAUUUGCGUCUAAAAAUAUAUGAUAGUAAAAAUAUUAAACAUUAAAGUGAAAAAAAUUAGCAUUUCAACAAUUUUAUCACUGUGCUUAUUGUUAACUUUUUUCAAAUUAUUUACUUAACAAAGCGUGGUAUUAUAAUUGCGCGCGUGUGAACCGUUCUGUACAUCGACUACAGUGGAGCGAGUUUGUUGUGCGAUUUGUGUUGUGCGGGAGGGGGCUUGUUUAAGUAGCAAGGUCGUUCUUUGUGUCAAAAAUUUACUUCUUGUUACGAUUAAUUAGUUUUCAAAACAAAAUUCAACAUUUCUACGAACAAACAUUUUUGAUCUAAUACAAAGAUCGCGGUACGUGCAUGUCGUGUGUGGGAUUUAGCUUUUGAAACAAAUCUGUUUUCUUGCAACGUUCCAAUGAGUUUGGGAGCAGGUCAAAACACAGAGGGAACAAAUGCAGGAGGGAUAUUCGUACAAUUUAACCAGGACUGCACGUCACUAGUGGCAGGUAGUAGUAGCGGCUACCACUUAUUUGCCCUUACCCCUGAUGAUGGAGUGGAGGAGAUUUAUGCAAGCCGCUCGGGGCAGGACACCUGCCUCGUGGACCGCUUGUUUAGCAGUUCUCUCGUCGCGAUUGUCACUGUAUCAGCUCCCAGGAAGUUGAUCGUGUGCCACUACAAGAAGGGCACUGAGAUAUGCAACUACAGCUACAGCAACACCAUCCUCGCGGUGAAGCUCAACCGAUCUAGGUUGAUAGUGUGCCUGGAGGAGUCGCUCCACAUCCACAACAUCCGCGACAUGAAGAUUCUGCACACGAUCCGCGACACGCCGCCCAACCCGCGCGGGCUGUGCGCGCUCUCGCCCUGCGUCGACCACUGCUACGUCGCGUACCCGGGCUCCAGCGCCGUCGGCGAGGUGCAGAUCUUCGACGCCGUGCACCUGAACGCGAAGUGCGUGAUCAGCGCGCACGACAGCCCGCUGGCGGCGCUGGCGUGGUCGAUGUGCGGGCGGCGGCUGGCCACCGCGUCCGAGCGCGGCACCGUCAUCCGCGUGUUCGCCGUGCCCGAGCGCACGCGCCUCUACGAGUUCCGGCGCGGCGUCAAGCGCUGCGUCUCCAUCGCCUGCCUCGCGUUCAGCGCGUGCGGCGCCUACCUGGCCGCCACCUCCAACACGGAGACCGUGCACGUGUUCCGGCUGCAGGAGGCGGCCGACGAGGCGCCGCCCGAGCCCGAGCCGGCCGCCGCCGAGCCGGCCGGCUGGAUGGGCUGGCUGCAGCAGGCCGUGUCGGCCGGCGCCGGCUACCUGCCCGCGCACGUGGCCGACGUGCUGGCGCAGGGCCGCGCCUUCGCCGCCGCGCGGCUGCCCGUCACCGGCUACCGCGCCGUCGCCGCGAUCACCAACACGGCGCGCGCGCCGCGGCUGCUGGUGGCGACGUCGGCGGGCGUGCUGCUGGUGUUCGCGCUGGACGCGGCCGAGGGCGGCGAGUGCACGCUGCUGCGCCAGCACCAGCUGCUCGAGCCGGCGCCCGCGCCCGCCGCCGCGCCGGCGCUGCUGCACGCAGCCGCGGCGGCCAACAACAGUUACGCGGGCGCGCUGCGAGGCCGAGACCCCACGCGGAUGACAGAUUCGGAGCGCGCGUGCGAGCUGGGCGCGGCGCUGGCGGGCGAGCCGCCGCGCGGGCCCUUCGACCUGCGCGACCCGCGCCACUUCCCGCCCAUGCGGCCCGCCGCCGCCGCCACCGCCGCCGCCGACACGCCCGCCCAGUAGUCGCCCGCGCCGCCCGCGCCGCCGCGGCAGCUCCUCGCGCCGAGACGAUCAGCGGCGACGAGUGUAUUUAAAAAAAAUUGUACUUUCCGGAAUUACUACCGGCCACUCCUAUUCGUAGCGGUGACAUUUCUCCCUCGCUCCAUCGCUGCCCAGUACUGUGAACUUUCUAUCUACGUGUUAUUCGUAGCCGCCGUUUAAGUUUCUCCUUCGGGCGCUCGUCGGGAAACGCGUCCCCGGCUACAGUAGGCAGAAGUGAUGCCGCGCGAGAAAUCCACUAGUAAGUUGAUGCAGGUUUUGGACCUAGGGGGUACGCGACCGUGCGAUCGGGGCCCGCGUCACCUACUAGGCCCGAGUAUGUUGUGUACCAUUGUUCGUGCUAGGAGAAAUCUCACCGCUCGUAACAGUAGGAACGAUUACGCUGCGCGUACCCUUUUUUCUGGUCAGUGGUCAGGCUUAAAAAAAUAAAUAGUACCACUUUUCGAGUAGUAGUAAUUCUGGAAAGUUCCCAAUAGUAGCCGACGGUCCCGCGUCGCCUUCGUGUGUAUCUUGUAGCUUCGAGUGUAGCUCGAUUUAAUGAGGCCGGGCGGCUUUGUGUGCUGACGUGGAAGGCGAAGCGGGCACCGUCGCGGCGGUGGCCGACCGAAUCGGAACCGUUCGAGGAGCUACCCAUCUCUUGUAGCGUAGUGAAAUGCGCACACUCAUGUCUUUGGUUACGUAGCGUGUGAGUCGGUACAGACCCCCGAGUCACCAGCGCGGGCAAAGUAUCCGUUAAUAUUAGUUAUUAUUACAAAUUUGUUAAUAUCAUAAAUUGUGAUAUACGUUUAGUUUCAUUUAUCAAUAAUACGUGUAAUACUUUAUUUAAAAUGUGUGACUGCUUCCAAGUUGGGAGGUGGAAUAAAAAAAAUGAUGUGUCAUAAGUUGUAUAUAAAUAUUUUUUUUAAUAAUAAAUAAUUAUAGAAAUAAAAAUUAUUACGUAUAAUCUACUUCGACUGUGGUUUUACAUGUUUAGCAAGUAAUCACUAUGUUUUUUACCUAGCGUACAAUAUUUUUACAAUAAACCGAUCUGACCAAUAAUAUUUCAUUUUAUUUGUAUAUUUUUUUUUUAUUAUUGUAAACAGUGACAGUAAUAAAUGUACCUAUAUAUCAUUUGAUAAAUAAAUUAAUCUUAUUCUAUGAAAAAAAAAACUUAUUGUAACCGCAAAGACAUGCGUUUGCGCGUUGCGGUGUCCCCGCACCGGUGUAAAUAAUGUGCAGCAAUGACGCACUUGUAAAGUAAUGUAACUGCUACGGAGGGCUCGCGCCCGACGCCGCACGACGUCGUCCGGCGCCGUCCGGUCCGGUCCGGUCCGGACCGGCGCGCGCCCUCCGUUCUAUAUGUGAUACGUGGCGAAGGGUGAAAGGUCACGCGAGAGUAGUGUGUGAAUGUGUGCGCGUAUUAUAUGAUAGCAUUGUCUCACGCCGCUGCUUUUUAUUUUAUUAUAAAGAUCUUGUGCCGAUGAUUUUUCUUCGGAUGUAUAAAUACAUAUGUACAUAUACGUUAUUGAUAUUUGACAUCGGCGGACACAAUACGCUCACUCAGUAAUAGUAAUCAAAAUAUUUGAUUGUAAACGAUAUGUGCGCUUCGAGUGUAGCCAGCGCGGGCUGUCCUGGGACAGUGUAUUUUAAUGAUCUGUUGUAGUCGUCUGUGCUGAGCUCGGAUGUCAUGUUGGUGUGUCCGUCCCGCUCGCACGCCCGCGCUUGCUCGUCUAUCGCACUCGCAUGGCUGCGCACGCUCACACUGUCGCGCUACCACGCUGUCUGUGUACAUUUGUAUCAGUAUCGGCGUCUUGUACUAAUUGUGAAUCGUUCCCGAAUUCGAAAAAGUCGCCCGUAGUCUGCGAGGCGCAGCGCGACACUGUCGCUGCGGCUUAGACACAAUAUUGUAAAUAAUUAUAAAAGUAAUAUUUUUACAAAAUGAAA